AUGUCUUCUUCUAGACAACCAUCAAUUCGGUUGGCGCACUCAACACAAUCACGACUCUCGAGGACAUCUUCCAGAUCGUCACGACGAGUUGCAGUCGCAGCAGAAGCCGCUGCAUUACAAGAAGAGCUUACAGCCCAGAAGCUUCAAAAUGAACGGGAAAAGGAGCUCGAAAGAAUGGAACUUGAGGAAGAAAUGAGGAGGAAGCAAGUAGUUUUCAAAAUGUCCGAGCUGAAAAGACAACUAGAAGAGGAAAGACUACAAGGCAAGCUCAAGGCACAAGAAGCAAUUAUGAGAGUCUACGAUGAAGAAGAUGGAACCAGCACAGUCUCUUCUUCAUCCUCGCGUGGAGGUAAAACUGUUGUCAAAAAGAUCGAAGAUCAGCCAAAUCCAACUGAUGUGAUCCCAAGGGCAUCUCCCAAGUUAGAAAGCAAAUUGAUUGAUGAACCAGCCUCCAUCGUGUCACAGCAAGCGCAAGUAGUGCUUGAUCCCCAAGCUCCGAUGUUCCAGCCAAGAUCACCAGUUUUAGAUCUCGCUGAUGCCUUGGCUCAGAGUCGUCUACCCGUUCCGGAGCCGCCAAUAUUCACUGGAGACCCACUCCAAUAUCCAGAUUGGGUGUCGGCUUUCACUACUCUGGUAGAGCGAAGAGGCAUCCCUCCUGGUGAAAAAAUUCACUACCUUCGAAGGUAUCUUGGUGGUCCAGCAAAGGAGGCAGUCAGUGGCUACUUUCUCCUGAGGUCAGAAAAUGCAUUUGAGCAAGCAAAGAGCACCCUUCAAAAGAGGUUUGGCAAUCCAUUUGCUAUUGCUGAAGCCUUUCGGACAAAGUUGGAUGUGUGGCCCAAGAUAACCAGCAAGGAUCACAAUGGGCUGCAGCGGUUUGCAGACUUCCUUCAACAGUGUCUGGUAGCCAAGGCUGAGAUUGUCGAUCUCAACAUUCUGGAUGAUAUACGAGAGAUCAACCGAAUGGUUGCUCGACUACCAGAUCAUAUCGUCCAUAGAUGGAAUCGCUCGGUGGCACAGACAAAAAGGGAGCGACUUUGUUAUCCUAGGUUUGCUGACUUCGUUUCUUUCAUUGGGAACGAAGCAGACAUUGCUAAUGAUCCUCUGCUCACUGUGGAUGUUGGCAAGACUAGAGAGAGAAAACAGGAAACCGCAGUCUCAAAACGGGUAACCCUCUCUACGUCUGGCUCAACUUCACAGAAGCAAUGUCUGUUGUGCAAGAGACAAAAUCAUUCCCUGAAUGACUGUCGGGAAUUCCUUCGGAAAGACAUGUCCCAGAGAAAGGAUUUCAUCAAAAAUGAAAGACUUUGCUAUGGCUGUCUUGAAAAAGGCCAUAUGUCUAAAUAUUGCCAAAGCAGACUGGUCUGCAAGAAGUGCAGUAAAAGGCAUCCAAGCUGCCUUCAUGAGGACCAAAGAGAUUCGAACAAGGCCAACUUGGCAUCAAGCCAACCGAAGGAAGCUCAAACCGCAUCGACCUCAAAUCCUCAAGCUGUAACGCACAAAGUACAAGGCGAUGAACGUAGUGACCUUACAUCAAUGAUUGUGCCUGUGUACCUUUCUAGUACAGAGAGGCCUGACAAGGAGGUUCUAGUGUAUGCACUACUAGACUCCAUGUCAAACACCACCUUCCUUUCCGAAGAUGUCGGCCAAGACCUGGAUGUACAAUCCCAGCCUGCCACAUUGUCGUUGACAACUUUGACAGAUGAGAUAUCGAUCUCAACCUUCAAGUAUGACAAUCUUCGUGUCAGAGGUUUUUAUUCCUCGGAGAAAAUUCGUCUACCCUCCACAUUUACUAGGCAGUCUAUCCCUCUGGACGACAGUCAUAUCCCGACUCCAGAAACUGCCUCCAAGUGGCCUCAUCUCGUGUGUGUGCAGGAUAUGAUAGCGCCAAAACAAGACUGUCCUGUCGGUCUUCUGAUUGGCUACAAUUGUGCACAGGCCCUUGCUCCUCUGACGUCAGUCCGAGGCCAAAAUGGUGAGCCGUAUGCUGUUCAAACAGACCUUGGUUGGAGUAUUGUUGGAGGUCAGUCUGACUUGUCCAACAGCUUCGAUUCGUUUGGCCACACAUACAGGACAGUCAGCAUGAAGGUAGAGGCCCCGAUCGAUAUCAAGAAGGUGACAUUCGCUUACCAGUCUCCCUUAAAGGAAGCGACUGCAUCGGAUUUCCUUCAGCUCAUGGAAAGGGACUUCCAAGAAGCUGAACAAGCUGAUGCAAUGUCACAAAAGGACAAAAAAUUCAUUCAAGUUGUCACCGAAGGUUUACGCCAGAGAGAGGAUGGGUUCUAUGAGAUGCCUCUUCCAUUCAAGAAAGGACCGCCAUCUCUUCCGAACAAUCGACAGGCUGCUUUAGGUCGAUUAGCAGGUCUCAAGAAACAGUUCCUGAAGAAACCUGAAUAUCACAGUCACUACAAGGUAUUCAUGAAGGAGAUCUUGGCACGCGGUGAUGCAGAGAUGGUCGGUGAUAGUAGUGACAAAGGCUUGUGGUAUAUUCCUCACCAUGGGGUAUAUCACCCUAAGAAGCCUGGCAAGGUCAGGGUUGUAUUCGAUUGUAGCGCCAGGUAUCUUGGGACAAGCCUCAAUGACCAUCUCCUGCAAGGCCCUGACUUGAUUAAUCCUCUCAUCGGUGUCCUGUUGAGAUUUCGCCAAGGUCCUGUGGCAUUCAUGUGCGAUGUGGAGAAGAUGUACCACCAGUUUAAGGUUGCAGAUCCACAUCAAAACUAUCUGCGUUUCUUGUGGUGGGAGGAUGGGGAUCUCUCCAAGACCCCAGUAGAUCAUAGGAUGAAGGUCCACCUCUUUGGGGCAACCUCAUCUCCGGGCUGUGCCAACUUUGGCUUAAAACAGAUUGCGGAGGACCACAAGAAACUCGGUGACCGUGCAGCCAACUUCCUCAAGAGGAACUUUUAUGUCGAUGAUGGCCUAAAAAGCAUGUCUUCUGAACAGGAAGCAGCUGUGCUAAUCAAGGACGCAACUCAAAUGUGUGCUAAAGGCAAUCUACGUCUGCACAAAUUUGUGUGCAAUAGCAAGGACGUAACCAGCACCAUUCCAAAAUCGGAACGUGCCACUGUCACGAAUGCAAGUGUUCAGCUAGGUGAACAAACCUCACCAAUCGAAAGAGCUCUUGGGCUUCAGUGGUGCGUCAGUUCUGAUGAGUUCUGCUUCCGACUUACUCUGAAGGAUCAACCCCUCACUCAACGAGGUAUUCUAGCUACAGUUGCGUCUGUAUAUGAUCCCCUUGGUCUCAUUGCACCAGUUGUCCUUGCUGGCAGAAUGAUUCUGCAGGAAAUGUGCAAACAAAAGAUGGAUUGGGAUCAUCCCGUUCCUGACUAUCUUCGGACAAGAUGGGAAAUAUGGAGACAGGAGAUCCUGAAGCUAGAAACUGCAAAGAUUCCUCGCUGCUUCCAGCCCAAAGAUUUCGGAGAGGCUGAGGAAGUGGAAUUGCACCACUUCUCAGAUGCCUCAUUAUCUGGAUAUGGACAAUGUUCAUAUGUCAGAUUACGAAAUCAAAGGGGACAAGUCCACUGCUCUCUUGCCAUGGCAAAGGCGAGAGUAGCACCGCUCAAGCAGUCUACCGUCCCCAGACUGGAGCUUCAGGCAGCAACCUUAUCUGCCAAGGUUGCAAAAAUACUGAAUAAGGAGCUAGACUACAGCUCAGUCAAGAAUAUCUUCUGGACCGACUCCAAGGUUGUUCUGGGUUACCUGUACAACCAGUCUAAGCGCUUCCACAUGUUCGUUGCGAACAGAGUGGAUUGUAUUCUGAGAACCACAAGUUGUAGUCAGUGGAAUUAUGUUACUAGCGGUGAUAAUCCAGCUGACUACGCAUCACGUGGACUGACAACAGAGGAACUUCUUUCGUCAAACUGGUUAGGAGGACCAGACUUCCUUUGGGAAAGUGAAGUUGCUAAGCAAGAUGUCACACUAGAGGUUUCUCCUGACGACGUUGAAGUGAAGUCUUCGACAGUACAUACAGUAAUGUCAAAGACCAAGAUUUCAACCUUUACGUCAUUUGAAGAUAGGUUGAACCGCUUCGCCAUGUUGGACAGCGCUAUUAGAGCGGUAGCUGUACUAGUGAGGUGUUGUUACAGGCGCAAGGGACAUGACAUAGAUGAUGUUGAGAUCAAAAGAGUCGCUGAGAGAAAUCUCCUGCAUGCUGUCCAGAAAGAAGCCUUCUGUGAUGAAAGACAGCAAAUCAAAUCUGACAAACAUGCUGUGUCAAAAUCUAGCCGCCUGAGUCAAUUAGAUCCAUUUCUUGACAAACAAGACCUCCUACGGGUGGGAGGACGCAUGAAGAGGUCUGAAAUGGUGUAUGGAGUUAAGCACCCUAUUAUCCUUCCGAAGGGUAGUAGACUUUCCAUGCUUGUCGCACUUCACUAUCAUGCGAAGAUUUCUCACCAAGGUAGAAAUAUGACCAUCAACGCAAUCAGAUCAAGUGGAUACUGGAUCAUCGGUUGCAGAAGCAUUGUCUCAUCUCUGAUCGGCACAUGCACCCAUUGCAUUAGACUAAGAGGCAAGUUGGGUGGACAGAAGAUGGCUGACCUUCCAUGUGAACGACUUGAGCCAUCGCCCCCUUUCACUUAUUGCGGUCUGGACUGUUAUGGUCCAUUUGUAAUCAAAGAAGGGCGCAAAGAGCUCAAGCGCUAUGGCCUCAUCCUGACAUGCAUGGCAAUGAGAGCCAUUCAUGUGGAAGUAUUGGAUGACAUGUCAUCCGAUGCAUUCAUCAACGGACUGAGAUGUUUCAUUGCUAUUCGAGGAAACGUAAGGCGGAUUCAGUGUGACCAGGGCUCCAAUUUUGUUGGAGCCAAGCAUGAACUGAAACAAGCUCUCCGUGAGAUGGAUGCGGACCAUGUCGCCCGCAAUCUUCUGGAGCAGAACUGUGAGUUCAAAAUGAAUCCUCCUUCCUCUAGCCAUAUGGGAGGUGUAUGGGAGAGACAAAUCAGAAAUGUGCGCAAUGUUCUCAAUGGAUUAUUGGAACAGUGCGGAACGCAGUUGAAUGUCUCCUCUCUACGGACAUUUCUCUAUGAGGCCAUGGCUAUCGUAAACAGCCGUCCAUUGAGUGUGGAUAACCUGGAAAGUCCUGAUGGUCCUCUUCCGUUGACUCCCAAUCAUGUUCUGACCAUGAAAUCCGGUCUUAUACUGCCUCCACCUGGAAGCUUUGAAAGGGAGGACAUCUAUCUCCGCAAAAGAUGGCGUCGAGUCCAAUACUUGACACAGUUGUUCUGGACACGAUGGCAGAAGGAGUACCUGCACACGCUUCAACCAAGAAAAACUUGGACUGAAAAGAAGACCAAUGUGCACGUAGACGACAUAGUACUCUUGAAAGAUGAAGCCAUUUGUCGGACAGAUUGGAGAGUUGCGAGAGUCAUGGAAACAAUGUCCAGUGAUGAUGGUCUAGUCCGGAAGGUGCGACUUCUCAUGGCGACCCCAGACUUGGACAAAAAAGCAACAGAUAAGAUGCUAAGAGACAUAGAAGGAGCCAGAGCAGUUAUGGAUGAUAUCCUCAUUGCUGGGAAGGAUCUGAAGUCACACGAUGAGAUCCUAGAGAAGGUCUCUCGAGUGAAGUACGUGGGACACCUGGUAACUGAGAGUGGUCUCGCUCCUGACCCAGACAAGUUCAAAGCUGUUGUUGAGAUGCCGAGACCAGAGAGCAAGGAAGAAGUCAGGAGGUUCGUGGGAUUUCUUCACUACUUGUCCAAGUUCAUUGACAAGUUGAGUGAAGUGGAAGAGCAUCUAAGACAGCUGAUAAAGAAAGACAUCACCUUUAACUAG